CAGCUUACACAAAGAACCAAUAGGCCUACUUAUUAUACCCCCAAUUGCUUGUUAACCAUCUCCCCACUAGCAGUCUCUCUCUCUCCCCCUCUCUCCCUCUCUCUCUCUCUCUCUCUCUCUCUCUCUCUGUCCUUUUGUGUUAUUAUUCAUAGAAGAGAAAAAGAACAUAAAGUGGAGGAAAAUAUCUCUUCUUCCAUGGAAGCAAAAGGUUACACAAGAGAUGGCACAGUUGAUCUUCGCGGCCGCCCUGCGCUCGCCUUCAGAACCGGUAAAUGGAAAGCAUGCGCCUUUCUCGUUGGCUACGAGGCAUUUGAGAGGAUGGCUUUCUACGGGAUUGCAUCGAACCUCGUGAACUACCUGACCACCCAGCUCCACGAAGACACCGUAUCAUCGGUGAGGAACGUGAAUAACUGGUCAGGUGCAGUCUGGAUCACCCCCAUCGUCGGCGCAUACAUUGCCGAUGCCUAUUUGGGCCGAUUCUGGACUUUCACCAUCUCAUCCCUAAUUUACGUGACGGGGAUGAUUCUUCUGACAAUGGCAGCCUCCUUAAAAUUCCUAAGACCAACAUGCGAGAAUGGAGUGUGCAGCAAAGCCACAAGCUCACAGAUUGCUUUCUUUUACUCUGCCCUCUAUAUCAUAGCCAUCGGGGCCGGUGGGACCAAGCCCAACAUUUCAACCUUUGGGGCCGACCAAUUCGAUGACUUCAAUCCACAAGAGAAGAGGCUCAAGGUGUCAUUCUUCAAUUGGUGGAUGUUCAGCUCCUUCUUGGGUGCCCUCUUUGCAACUCUUGGGCUCGUCUACAUCCAAGAGAACUUGGGCUGGGGGCUAGGGUACGGUGUCCCCACAGUUGGGCUCGUCCUCUCCCUAUUCUUGUUCUACUUGGGCACCCCCAUUUACCGGCACAAGGUCUCUGCCACGAGCCCAACGAGCGAUCUCAUCCGCGUCCCAGCAUCUGCAUUCCGGAAUCGGAGGCUUCCGGUCCCCAGUGACCCCUCGGAGCUCCAUGAGCUCAGCAGACAGUGCUAUGUUGCCAGCGGAAAGCGCCAGGUCCACCAUUCCGCCGUCUUUAAGUUCUUGGACAAGGCUGCGAUAAAAGAAAGCACGAUGUCUCCGACUGCACAACCGUGCACGGUGACGCAGGUGGAAGGCAUCAAACUCAUACUUGGCAUGUUCCUGAUAUGGCUGGUAGUCCUGAUCCCGAAUACCAUCUGGGCCCAGAUUAACACCCUGUUUGUCAAACAGGGCACCACCCUGGACCGGAGCAUGGGCCCACAUUUCCAAAUUCCGGCCGCUUCCUUGAGCAGCUUCGUGACCCUAUCGAUGCUCAUCUCUGUGCCGAUAUACGACCGGUACUUCGUGCCCUUCAUGCAGGCCAGGACCGGGAACCCAAGGGGGAUCACCCUCCUCCAGAGGAUCGGAAUCGGGUCCGCUAUCCAGGUCCUAGCGAUCGCGAUAGCCUACGCAGUGGAAGUCAAGAGGAUGCACGUGAUAAGCGUCCACGGGUCCUCCCACCCAAAGGACAUCGUCCCAAUGAGCAUAUUCUGGCUGUUGCCACAAUACGUGCUACUCGGGGUAGCCGACGUGUUCAAUGCGAUCGGGUUGCUGGAGUUCUUCUACGACCAGGCCCCGGAAGAGAUGCAAAGCCUAGGGACGACGUUCUUUACGAGCGGGAUUGGUAUCGGGAACUUCCUAAACAGCUUGCUGGUCACAGUCGUGGACAAGAUCACAGGGAAGUAUGGAGGGAAGAGUUGGAUUGGGAACGAUUUGAAUGACUCCCACUUGGACUAUUACUAUGGGUUCCUUUUGGUCAUUUCAACCCUCAAUUUGGGAGCAUUCAUAUGGGCAUCAAGUAGGCAUACUUACAAGAGAGAAAUUAUUGCUGAGGGUGCUGAAGUAGAAGCGAAGCAAGGCUCUGUGCUCCCAGUUGAAACCAAAGCCUUGGAACUACCUCCUCUAGGUUUACAAGUAUAGGGGGGAAAAAAGAAAAGAAAAAAUCCAAAUAAUAACGAGAGGUUUGAUCGACUUAGUGUGAACUAACCCCCCUCUACGCGGGGGAAGAAACGUUUUACAUUCCUAGCCACUUAUUAUCAUGAAUUUUAAGCAAUCAUAAUUCAUGCAUGUCGAUCA